AUGAUAUUUAGGAAAAAUGGAACUGAAAUUUUUAGAGGAGUGACUUAUUGUAUUGAUGAAAUAACGCAUUAAUUAUAAAAGGAACCUUUAUUUGAGGUGAAAUUCGAUCUAAAUGAUAGAGAAAAAGGAUUUCAAAGUAUUAAAACUGGAAAUUUAAUUGUUUUUAAAGGAUUGCCUAUUUUAUUAAUUUACCAAAUAGUUGAAUUGAAUCUUAAAUUAAUUCCAAACUAAUUUAAUAUUAUUGAAAUUAUUAAAAUCAAAGGCGAUAAUUAACUUUAUGUUUCACUCUCUUUAGAGAUGAAUGAUAUUCUCCUUUUCUAAAUUCUGAUUGUUAAUGAGAUUCAAUUUGAAUCAAAAGGAUCUGCAAUUCUUAAAUUUGAAAAUAUUAGAGUUGAGCUUUUCAACCAUUUUAGAAACUAUCAAUUAAUUUCAUUUGAUAAAUUUCGUAUGCUCGAAUUUUUAGAAUGCCUGAUUGAGGAUGGACAAGUUAAAAUCAUAGGGUUGUUAAUGAUUGAGGAAACUUAAGUGAUCAGCGAAAUUAUAAUUUAAAUGGUGAGUUUUAGGAUCUCUUACAAUCUAAUAAAAAUUACAAGAAUUAAUCUCAAAUCAGAUGAUGAAGUAUAGUUAGUUUAUUAUUGUUAAAAUAUCUUAAUUUUAAGGUUGUCAUCUAGUGCAAUCACUUACUUUUACGAUUUAACAGGAAAUUAAGUCAUCACAGAUUAUAUUGGAAGACAGACAGGAUUGUACCAUAGUUAUCAUAUCCUUAAUACUACUCAUCUUGUUGUUUACUCAAAUUUGGAAGAUAUAAUAUUUUUUGCAGAAGUGGGUUAUGAAAUUCAUUUUAAUGAAGUAUAUUAAGGAAAUAAUACAUUUACAUUAGUUGCUCAAAACAUGUUAUCAUCAAUACAAUUAAAUGUAACAAUGAUAGAUAUUAAUCAUGGCUAGAUACAAGAUUAGAAUUUUAUAAUCAUUUAUCUAUCAAUAUUUAUUUUAACUUUAGUUGUCUAUUUUCUUAUUAGAAGAAGGAAAAUUAAAUAUUAAUUGCUGAAUAAUUAAAAAUUUGAUGGAAUAGAUUUGAAUAAUCAAUAACAAAAUGACUGA